AUGAAGACCAUUCUAUUCUCCGCACUCCUUCUCCUUCUCUCAUCAUCCAUCUUCGCAGCCGACGAUUACGAUGUUACCUGCCAGACCAAAAUUGGCGAAGAGUCAGUCGCGGAUAUUCAUACUGUCACUGUCACCAAGAUAGACAGCCUUGUACCUACAACAACUACUAUCAUUCCAACUGUGGUUAAGAAAGCCAACCAAUGGUCAACAAUCAUGGUGUUCUCUACCAAGACUUUCACCGUCACCGGUAAAGGCGACACCGGCACAUUCAACACUACUACCACGCUGUUCAAGGUCGCCACUGUAACCGUGACUGCUACUACUACCACUACCAGUACAAAGAGAGGCACAAGGACUUCAACGUCUACGACUCAGAUUCCAACUACUGCUGAGUUCAAGUUCAUCUCGGACACGGGUGACAAGUUGUUUCAGAACCCCCAUGCUCGAGCAAUAAUCAAGCCUGGAAUGAAGCCUUGCAAAUUCUCUUCAAAGGUCCAGUGUACUAGACUCCUUCCAAAUGCCAACAAAAAACUCGUCCAGAAAACUGGUACUCCAGUUACCAAGACAGUCGCUAGUAUGCAGACAACUACCAUUGUCAAAACAAUCUCUACCACAACAACCCUCAUUCCCAAAGAUGUUUCUGUCACAAAGUCCUUCACCACCUCCAUGAAGGUCACUAGUUACUCCACCACCUGGAAGACAAAAACCAAGUCUGCCACCGCCACUAAAACAAAGGCCAUCUCCGGCCCUACCGAGUAUGCCGCCUGCCAAGCAGAGAACAUGUUUGGCCCCGACUUCAACAGCGCCAGCACAGGCUACUACGUCACCAACGUUCUCAACAACGGUCCCGGAAUUCCAUCUGACUUCCAGAUCGUUGCCAAUGGCGACAGCAGUGCUGAAGAGUGCUGUAACUCUUGCAUGAAGUUUACAGGCUGCGAGACGUGGAGCUUCCGUGCUGCUAACCGCAACUGUUUCUUUCUGUACCACUCUGACACAACGUGCAAGUCGCAGAGCAACCAUCCUCAUUACUUCAUGUCGUCGAAGAAAGGCGUUGAUACUGGAGCUGGAUUAGUUGUUGGUAAUGGGAAAUGUGGUUUCACUUGUAGCGGCAACAGUGAUGGCUCAGUGUUUGCCUAA